AUGCUAAUUCCAUUCAUUGAUGACGCCCUUCUGUCCUCAAAACUAAGGCCCUUAUUUGAGAAACUCUCACCCGCCGAUCGUGCACGCAAUUCUCAUCGAUACCAUCUCAUAUGGCAUGGCUUAAGAACUCCACGUUCGUCUUCUGCCUUUGCCCUUGAGACGUCCGCUGCACUUGAGUUUGAAGCUUUAGCACCUCCAGAGAGCCGUCUUCCCCCCAACCUUACCCUUAUCCAACCAAAGUUACUAUCCUUUAACUACUACCGAACACGAAUUGCCCAGAUCGAUGCUUUUCGUGACCUUUAUGCAUUCGUCAAGUCAUCAACAAUUGAUCCUAGCUUCUCUAGUCUGCAUAGACUGCAAAUUACGUGUGAGAUGAAGCAGAUCUCUGUACAAUCGGAUCGUGGACGUGAUACAUUCCCAGACGUUUUGCCGGCAUCUUCAGUGAGUCUUGCCAUUCUUAGCACCACAUUACAACUUGUCAGAGACAAGUUUAGCCGAUCCUUUGACUUAUUGUCUGCUGAACAAUCGUGGUAUCUUUCCUUCCUCCCUGGGCUAAUCACCGAUCCUACAUCCUCGUAUCACGCCGUCACUCCCAAUUUUUUGCUUGCUUGA